AUGGCUAUUCACUCCAGAGAUGAUGCUUUGAUGUGCAAGAUUUUUCUAUCGAGUUUGGGUCCGACGGCGAUAAGAUGGUUCAAUGGCUUAAGGGCCAAUUCUGUUGGAUCUUUCAAAACACUGACUCGGGCUUUUGGUACUCGUUUUAUUACAUGCAGCCGGACUCCUCGACCUUUGGGAUCCUUGUUGACGUUGUCUAUGCGAGAGGGCGAGACUCUCAAGAGUUACUCGGAUAGGUACUGGGAAAUGUUCCACGAAAUAGAGGGAAAGAAUGAUCCUGUGGCGAUAACCACUUUCAAAGCUGGUCUCCCAGCUGAUCAUGAUUUGAGGAAGUCCUUGACGGGUAAACCUGUCACUAGUGUGCGCCAGCUGAUGGACAGAAUAGAUAAGUACAGAAGAGUAGAAGAAGAUCAACUACAGGGGAAAGGAAAGGCCAAGAUGAUCCCUCAGGAGAGGAGGGAUUUCAAGUUGGAUCGUUAUAAUAACAGCCGACCAAGGAGGGACUUUGUUGGGCAGUCGGGCUCGGUGGACGCCCAAGUUGUUAAUGCAGUAUUUCGGGAGCCUGUUCAGCAGGAUCAUGGGCACACGACAGACAACUGCAGGAAUUUAUGGGACCACUUGGAACAGUUGGUCCGUGAAGGGAAAUUAAAGCAAAUCUUGCAUCACUCCAGCGGAAGGGCUAGCCAAGCAGGUUCUGAGGUGCGUGGGGAUGCUUCAUCAAGGCUCCCCCUGGGUACGAUUAACGUUAUCUUUGCGGCCCCAGGAAGGACUGGAUCUUGCCCCUCGAGAGUGUUGUCGAUGUCCCGAUCCCCGACCGAGGAUCAUUCUCAGACAUUGAAGAGAGCUAAGAGGCGUGUCCCCUUGAUUUUGGGUUUUUCAGAUGAGGAUCUGGUUGGGACCAUACAGCCCCAUGAGGAUGCUUUGGUGGUAACAUUGAGGAUUAGCGGAUACGAUAUUCGAAGAGUGAUGGUUGAUCAGGGAAGCGCUGUGGAUGUGAUGUAUCCAGAUUUGUACAAGGGGCUAGGUUUGAAACCAGAGGACUUAACAACCUAUAAUUCCCCUCUAGUGAGUUUUGAGGGAAGGUUGGUCACUCCUAUGGGGCUAAUCAGGCUGCCCGUGCAAUCAGGCACGAAUGUGGUGGAGGUGGAUUUUAUUGUCGUAGAUGUUUUUUCUCCGUACACGGCUAUUGUGGGCAGACCUUGGCUUUACACCCUUAAAGCGGUUUCGUCCACCCUACAUCAGAAGGUGAAGUACCCAUCCGGAGACCAAGUGCUGGAGAUAGUAGGGAGUCAGGCGGCUGCUCGGCAAUGCCAAGUAGCGGCUAUACAGCAUCGGCCAGAGGCAGAAACCUCGGCUAUCGCCGAUAAUGAGUUAUAG